AAAAAAAAAAAAAAAGACAACCUCUGUGUAACCCACCACAUACCCAUCAUCAUCAUUAAAUUCCCAACGUCUCACUAUUUUCAAAACCGUUGGGAGCCAAAUUGGGAUUUAAAAUCCCCAUGACCCUUCUCUUCUCUCCUCCUUCCUUGUCAUUCUUUCUAUCUCUCUGCUUGUAUUUCUUAGCCAAAAGCUCACCAUGAAGAACAAGACCCACUAACUAAAAUUUACCCAAGAUUCUCGGUCUUUGUUUUUCUGUGACUAUAUCGGGAUUAAUUCUCAUGGGUUGCUUUCUUGCCUGUUUUGGUUUCUCUAACAAUAAGAAAAGAAAGCGUCGAAACCCUUCCCAUAGAGUUUCAGUUGUUGCUCAAAUUAAAGGUAGUUAUGAACCACUAGAUUCAUCUCCAAUAAUAAGUAUCGGCAAAGCAAAGAAUCCCAACAAUGCAGUAUCUGAACCCAGAGAAAAUCCUAAGGAGCAGCAAAAAUUGAAAACCAGAAAGAAAGUUAGUUUUAAUCUAAAUGUGCAAACCUAUGAACCAAUCUCCAACACUUACAAUUUGUUGGAGGAUGAAGAGGAGGAGAAAAUGGGAAAGAAUGGAGGAGAAGUAGCACGAGGAAGCUUGUUAUCUGGAACAAAUUCCACUUCCCACUCAAACUACAGGUAUCAAAAUUGCAGAGACUGCUAUGAUGAAGAAGAUGAUAUAGCAUUUGAGGAUAGUGAUUUGGAUGAUGAAGAAGAUGAAGAUGAUGAUGAUAAUGAAUAUGAUUGGGAAAGUGAUAUUGAUGGCCAGAGAACAAGCCAAGAUGGGUUUUCCAAGCAGUUUUGUUCUUCCUCUCUAAGUUCAAAGAAUGGAAUUUCUUCUGAUCCAGUGGUUGAUGAAAAUGCUAACAAUGCCAUGCCACUCAGUGUUCGAGAUAUACAUUCUGUACUGAGCCCAGUAGAGAAUCUGAGUCAAUGGAGAGCAGCCAAAGCAAAAUCAGUACCACAGAAGAACCAAAGGAAGGAGAAUAUUGGGGUUCUUCAAGAACCCUCAGAACCCUCAGUACCCUUUAGAUCAAACUCAAAUUUUAGUUCAUCACCAUUGUGUAACCAGUCCAAACCUCUACUCCAAGAAAUUAAGGUUGAUGCAAGUCUUUCAAGCUGGUUAAAUUCUCCGAUAACAAAUCCAACAGCAACAUUGGAAACUUCGAAUUCAUGGAAAAUUAGAGGAGACAGAUCAGUUUUUGAGCCAACCUUCUUGAAAGCCUGCUAAUCUAUAUAUUUUUGGAGAUCUUUUUGAAAGUAAAAUUUUAUCGAAGUCAAAAAACAGCUAUAAAAUUCAAGCUAGCAUACUUUCUGAAUGUGAAGAACUGUUGAAGGGGUUUUGGUUGUUUGUUGUUUGUGUUUUUGUUUUUGAAAUUGUUUGUGAAUUUAUUGUGAAUGAUGAUGUUUUUUUUGUGAAGUUGUCCGUACUGUUAUGGAAGUGUGCUUUCACUUUCUCUUCCAGGCCUUACUGUAUGGAUAAUUAAGACACUGAUAAUAAAGGGAGACCAUUCUUUACUCAU